UCCUUCAAGUCUCCACCUUUACCUUGCGGUAUUUGACAGCUCAUCGUUGUAUUAAUAUUAAUUACAAGUAGGUAGCUGGUCCUCAAGAAUACCACGCCCAACAAACCCAUCCAAAUAUGCGAGUUUGUGUUCCUAAGGCCUGGAACUUGUAGCUGCAGUCUCCACGAGUCUACACAAGUCAAGCUAAUAUUUCCUGCUUUCACACUUCCAACACUCUUAUUGUUUUCACACACAAGCUAACAGAGGAACCGUCUCGAAAAGUUCCUUUCUUUCUCUAUGUAAAUUCCUUUCUCCACAAGGCUAAUGUUCAGUAACCAAACAGAGGUAUUUAUGUCUCAAAGAAAAGCACUUGCUUAUUAGCUAUGGAAAUUGAGAGAGCAACAACUGGUUUCCUGGUUUGCAAAUACUCGUCGUGGAGAUCAGUCUUCUUCUGAGCCAUAUUUAACACCUACUAGUAAUCUUUACAAACCCUCCUUGAGUUUCAGGGAUGAGGGCUACUUCAGAAUCAGCAGAGUGGAUAUUUUUAGCCACUGGCCUUGGCCUAGAGAUCUUGUCAGCUGCUUGUGAUCAGGCUUCCUCCCCAAGAACACCCCACUAUGCCCUAUUUGGGAUGCUGUUCGCUAUUGCAGCUGUGCUCAUUUCCAUCUGGGAGCUAAUUUACAGAGGUAAAAAGGAAAGAGUUGUGUUGAGGAGAUGGGGAAUGCUCUGGUGGUUUUAUCAUACACCACCUCCUCGACAUACGCCUUUUGGUACUCUUCCUGACAUUUAUGGACUAGUUGCUGGCAUCUCACAGUGCAUUUGCUCUAUAGUUCAGUAUGUUUACUGCCUUCGGCAUGCUAAUAGUCCUUUCAAAGCAUCCCUUUUGCCUGCCAUAUUUCUUAUGUGUUUAGGUGGUUCAAAACUAUGUAAUAACCGAAUGAACGCGAAUACCACUGAUAACAAGGACUCGUGCGAAAAUUCUUCAAGCACGGAAGAAACUUCGUGGCAUGCAAUCAAGGCAGAUCUACCAUUUCUUUAUGAUCAAGAGACACAUACAUAUCUUUUGUUUCGGGAGGACAUGAUGAAGUCCCAUAUGAAGGCCUACGUGAUAAAGAUGAUGAAGUCCCAUAUGUAUCACAGAAUGUCAAUUUGGAGCUCACUUUGGGAAGGCCACAUUGGGAUUGAAUACAAUAAAGAAAAAUUAGGUAUUAGACAUAAUGAUGAAUUAGGAUUUGAGACCGAGUAUUUUUGUUUGGGUUUUAAUGUCUAUGAAUGAAAUUUUGUUUUGAAUUAAGCUAAAGAGGAGGCCCAUAUGUGAAAUUUAUAUAUAUAUAUAUAUAUAAAAAUCAUUGACCAUUAAUAUAAAUAUUGCGUAACUGACAAAAUACCACAAAAAUAAGAUUGGUAAUGUGGUUGUGAACAAGGCUUUCCUCCUUUGAGGGUCAAGGUUUAAGUCUUUUCAUGCACACUAAAUUUCUUACCCUUUUAGGUUGAAAGCAACAUAGAGCAGCAUCGGCUGCAAGAGCAGCGGCGGCAACCGCAUGAGCAGCAGCAGCUGCUGGAGAUGUGGCUGCAUGAACAACAUGAGCAGUAUGAGCAGUAUGAACAGCAGAAGCAGCGGCGGCGGCGAGAGCUUCAGCGGCUACAGGAGCAGCAAGAGCGACUGCAGGAGCUGCAGCGACAGCUGGAGCUGGAGCAGGAGCAAGAGCAGCAGAAGUUCCUGCGACAUCGGCGAGUAGUGAAGGCGGAUUGAUGGAGGUGGACAUGCCUCCAAGAAAAGUGAACUCAAAUUUAUGUAAAUAUUGUCAGAGAUAAGAACUACAUUUGUCACGUAGUGGCAUGUAACGAAGAAAUUGACUUGGAACGUAACAAAUUUAAUAUUUCUAAAAGGGUUAAAAAAUGGAAACAUUUAAAAGAUUGAGACUAAGCUAAAAUAGGAUCCAUAAUUUAUGGGUUUUAUGAUCCAUAAUUUAUGGGUUUUAUGAUCCAUAAUCUAUCAUAAAUGUUUUUUCA